AUGGCAACAAAGAACUGGUUGCUAAAGAUGAAAAAAUUAUUGAGAGCCCUUGAAUGCACUGAUGCUCAGAAGGUGUUGUAUGCCACUUAUGCUCUUCAGGGUUCUGCUGAUAGAUGGUGGUCAAGCACUAAGCCAUUGUUGAGUACGGAGUUGGGAAGGGACACUCCCAUUACUUGGGAGAAGUUCAAGGAAGUUUUCAAUAGGACAUACUUCCCCAAUGUAGUGAGGGAUCGUAAGGCAAGAGAAUUUUCUGAUUUGGUUCAGGGGGCUAUGACAAUGGAGGAGUAUGUUGCUAAGUUUGUUGAGCUCUCUCGCUUUGCUCCUUACUUGAUUUCGGAUGAGUCCAAGAAAGUGAAAAAGUUUCGGGAGGGCCUUAAUGGUAGGAUUCACCCUCUCAUUAUAGCCUCUAGAGUGGAUACUUUUACGGAGGCUGUGAAGCGGGCAAUGAAUCUUGAAGAAGACUUUAAGUACAACCCCAAUUCCAAGGAGAGUGAAAAGAAGCAAGGGCCCUUUAAUUCUCAACAUGGUAAGGGUCAAGGGCAUAAGAAAGGAUUAUUUAAAAACUUGGGUAAUAGAGGACAAUCUUCUAGGCAUAGCAAGAAUGCCUAUCCUCAGUCUGGUGAUAAAGAUUGCCCAAGAUCUAAGGGCUCAGGUUCCUCUUCCUCAUCUCAAGUUGCAAAGGGUAAUGACAAUGGGAAGAAGGUGCAAGGUAGAGUGUAUGCCUUGACUACACAGGAUGCUCAGGCCACGGAUACAGUGGUGGUAGGUAUACUUCCUUUGUUCUCUGCACAUGCUAAAGUUCUUUUUGAUCCUGGUUCUACACAUUCUUUUGUUUCUUGUGCAUUUGCUAAAAAUCAUGACAAGAGCCCCGAGCUACUUGAUUUUGAGUUAUCGGUUUCUACCCCUGUUGGUGAUACUUUAAUGACUAAUCUUGUGCUUAAGUCUUGUAUUAUUUGUAUUGAGGGUAGAGAGUUAUUGGCUGAUUUGGUGUUGUUCGAUAUGCAUGAUUUUGAUGUCAUUUUGGGCAUGGAUUGGUUGGCUUCUUACCAUGCUAGUGUGCAUUGUUUUGAGAAAGAGGUGGUGUUUAGGCCUCCAGGUGAAUCAUAA